ACUUGCGUCCCAACAAGCAUCUCACCACCUGCGCGAUGCCGGCCGCGUGGGCGCUCGCCCUCCUCUGUGCCGCCUGGAGCGGCCGGGGCCUGGGCCUGCCGCGCGCGGCCACCUGCGGCGCCUCCUGCUCCCAGGGCCUCGCCUGCAGGAGCCGCAGCAGCCGGCCCGUCCUCAGAGACGUCUGCCGGCCGCCCCCCGUGUCCAUGCCUGUGGGGGUCCUGGGAGGCCUGACGCUGUCCACAGCUCUGCAGUGUGUCCCCCCGGGGGGCUGCGCCCUGCGCCUGCGUGUCCAGGCCACCGUCUCGCUGCACGGAAGCCUGCGGGGCCUGAAGGCCUGCUCCUCGAGCCUGGAGACCCAGGAGACACAGUGUCAGGCCGUGCGGCUGCCCAAGGCCACCCACUCGCAGGGGGCAGGGCAGCAGCUUCAGGUGCACUUUGAGUGCUUCGAGGCCAGCGUGGGCCAGACCCUGCAUGUCACCCUGAGGACUAUCCCCCACUUCUGCGGGGUCCAGCUGGCCCACGAGUACCGCGUGGCAGACUGCUCGGACGAGGACGUCAGGAGGCACGCCCGCGAGUGCUUGGCCAGGAAGCUCACCUGGCAGGUGGACCGCAGCCGCCAGGCCGUCCUGGUGCAGGUGCCCGAGGCCCCCGGAGGCUCCGACUACUACGUGCGGCUCUGUCGCAAGUGGUUCACCUGCCAGGACGUAGUUGGGCCACUGCAGGUCCCCGCGAACAGGAUUUCCCGGGCAGUGUCGCUGCCUUACACCCAAGCGCUGCCGUGCCUGUGCCUUGAGGGCUGGCCUGCGACCCCCGACGCCGUGCGCGUCCAGAUCUGCCCCUUUGAAAAUGACACAGACGCGUUGUGGGACGCCAUCCACUUCCACCCCGUGAGCCGGGCACUGAGCUGGGAGCCCUCCUGUCCCGUGAGUGGCCACGUGAGCCUGUGCUGGCGCCCAGGGCCGGGAACCGAGUGCCGAGAGCUGGAGAAGUCGCAGCGGCCAGCGCAUGGCAGAGUGCAGUAUCCCCAGGUGGACCCACAGCCCCAGCUCUGCCUGCAGUUCUCCACCACGCUGGGCUCUCACCUGCGGUGCCCGUUCCUGGGGUGGCCUGGCCCAGCCUGGAAGAUGACCGUCCAGCCUGCGCCCUCUGGGGGUCUCCUGCGGGUCACCUUCCUCUCUCCCGGCCCUGCCUGCUUCCAGGUGCGCCUGUGUCGCAGGGGCGCCCCCACCUGCCACCGGGUGGUCCCCACCAUCCCGGUGGACCCUGCAGCAGAGCCCUGGGUGGCCUUCGCCGACCUUCCUGGAGAGGAGCUGUGUGAGGCUGACACCUGCGUCCAGGGCUGGAGGACCGACCUGCUCUUCUCUGCCCCCCAGCAGCUGUGCGACCCGCCCUGCUGUGAGUGCCUGGCCAGGACGGGCACCGGGGGCGGGAGGAGGCCAAGGCGGACCCCCCUCUGCUCCGAGCCUGGCGAGCCUGUGGCCGGCUGAGGCAGCCCCCCUGCCCCGCCCCAGCUCCCACCGCAGGGGCAGCAGCCUGAGGCGCCAGAACACGGCUGGUCUCCGCGGUGCGGCCGAGUGGGGAUCCCACCCAGAGCUGGCGGAAACCCCCACCAGGACCGCCAGGCCUGGGCAUCAUGGCGGCCGCUGACCCGGGCAGGGCGCGGGGGGCAGGCGUGGGCAGGAAGGACCCGGAACUGGGAGAUGGGGGCCAGCUGCCCCUGUCCUGCCUCUGCUGGGCCCAGGCUCCCCUGGACACCUGUGGUCACAGCCCCACCCCUGGCCUGGCCACAGCUUUGCCCGGCUCUGGGGCACCGGGUGAGCGACCUCGGGGUCUCCACCUCAGCGCUGUGGCUGACAGGCGAUGGGCAUGGCCUCGC